UGUCAUCGCAGAGGGUAAGCACACUAGCAGUUGGAUUUUAACCAGAACUGCAGGUACAUGAAGAACCGAGCACUUUAUCGCUUUUACACGGAUUUCUUACUAGAAUAUACGUUGUAUUACACGAAUAUCAUCACAUUUACCAAGCAGCGCGUCUGCACAGCGUUUGUGGCGGAAUCAGGAGUGAGUUUGGGACGCGGAUGAAGGUCCGAGCAGGAUGGCGGGGGUGUUCGACAUUGACCUGGAGUCGGAGGACGUGAGCGAUGCGGAGGAUGAAGUUUGUAACUUUCCAGCGGCAGAGACAGAGCCGUCAGAGACUGAGGAGGUGGAGCUCACUAGUGCGAGUGUGAACAGAGACAGCGAGAGAGUGGGGCCAGACUGCUUCGAGUUACUCACUGUGUUGGGGAAAGGAGGCUAUGGCAAGGUCUUCCAGGUUCGUAAAGUGCAAGGAAGUCAGACGGGAAAAAUAUUUGCCAUGAAAGUUUUGAAAAAAGCCAAAAUAGUGUGCAACGCGAAAGACACAGCACACACUCGUGCGGAGCGAGAGAUUUUGGAAACCGUUCGUCAUCCUUUCAUUGUGGACUUGUGGUACGCCUUCCAGACAGGUGGCAAACUCUACCUCAUACUGGAGUGUCUGAGUGGUGGCGAGCUGUUUAUGCAACUAGAGAAGGAGGGAAUUUUCAUGGAGGACACAGCUUGUUUUUAUCUGGGUGAGAUAACGUUAGCAUUGGGGCACCUCCACUCCAGCGGGAUCAUCUACAGAGACCUGAAGCCAGAGAACAUCAUGCUCAAUCAUGAAGGCCACAUUAAACUCACUGACUUCGGCCUGUGUAAGGAAUCCAUCCAUGAUGGCACCGUCACACACACGUUCUGCGGCACCAUCGAGUACAUGGCUCCAGAGAUUUUGACCCGGUCAGGACACAACAGAGCAGUGGACUGGUGGAGUCUGGGAGCGCUGAUGUACGACAUGAUGACUGGCUCGCCUCCAUUCACUGCAGAAAACAGGAAGAGGACCAUUGAUAAGAUCCUAAAGUGUAAACUCAGCCUUCCUCCAUACCUCACACCUGAUGCUAGAGACUUGGUCAAAAAGCUUUUGAAGAAGAACCCAACACAAAGACUGGGCUCUGGGAAGGGAGACUGUGCAGACAUACAGAAGCAUCCCUUCUUCCGGCACAUCAACUGGGAUGACCUGCUGAAUAAGCGAGUGGAGCCGCCCUAUAGGCCUUCACUGCAAUCAGAUGAGGACGUCAGUCAGUUUGACAGCCGCUUCACCAGACAGACUCCUGUGGACAGUCCUGAUGACACAACUCUGAGUGGCAGCGCUGACCAUGCAUUUGCUGGCUUCACGUAUGUGGCCCCCUCAGUGCUGGAGAGUUUGAAAGAGGGGUUCUCAGUGGAGCCACGAGUGCGUCCCGUCCGCAGACUCAACAGCAGCCCACGCACACCUAUCAGCCCUCUGAAGUUUUCUCUCGCUGAGCCUUUUAAGAGCAGUAUUGACGGAGAGGAGGAGCCCCCUGUUCAGACUCGACCCCCUGCUCUCGAGAACUGUGCCACACAGCCAAUCAGAACGCCAGGACGGAACAAAAAACCGAAAGGCCAUCGUGGCAAAUGAAGGCAACCAUUUUUGCAAUCAGCAUUCAUCAAAAGGAUAUUGUGUGCACGCAUUAUCUCUCAGUCUCUUUCUCAGUCUCGCUCACUCUCUCUGUCUUUCUUUCUCAUGACAGAACCAUUGCUGCCACCAAAACCAAAGCAUCAUGACACUAUAAAUAGAAAAAAGAAAAAAAAAUUGCAACCGCAUUGAAUGUUUUGGUUGGAAUGUGCUGUAUUGUGCUCAGCGCUGACUGUGAAUGAACUGCAGUGUAUUUAUCUCUGGAAAGCUUUUCUACAGUAUAAAUUCAUGGAAAAAACAGAACAAUUUCCUAUCAGAUCACUGUAUUUUUGGUUGGGAAACUUCAUACUUUUCUGAUCCUGUUUCCUCAUCUCCUCUGUCGGCCCUAAACGGCAACAUUUCAGCUAUUUUUUUGUGUAGAAACUGAAGAGCCUCCAGUCAUUAUCACAGGCUAUUUUACCUAUGAACAUGAAAGACUUAUAUAUUAUUACUAAAAUUUGAUUCAAAUGUAUUAACUGUUACUAUUUGCUAUUAAUAUAUUCAUUGGAUUGUUUUAUUUUAAGAUGUUUAUUUACCAUAAUCAUUUUAUCUUCUUUUUAAUUUUGGUGACAGUUACUUCAGAAAAUAAAUAUAUGCA